GAAAGAACGGUGAUGAAUUUUCUCAGCUACUGCUAAGGUCCAGCUUUGCACCGUACACCGGCAAACCGUCCUCCACGAACCUUAUCCCGCCUAUCUAUAGCUCCACCUGCUCCUCGACCUCGUCCCAGUCCUCCCCGUCGGCUAACGCAUCCUUUCCCUCCCAUUGGCACUCGCGCUGCAAUCUUCCCAUCACGCGCGGUCACUGUUUCAUGGGCAGCAGCUCUAGCAGUUCCCAUGGUUACGGCAUCAGCAAAGCAACAACCACUUCUUCCACCGCUAUAAGCAACAGCAUGAGCAACGGCAACAGCCACAGCGGCAACAGCAACAGCAGCUAUCAUACUAACAGUACUGUAAAACGUAGUAGACACAACGCAGCAACUCCCGCCACACGUUUCCACGAAACGCUUUUCCGUGUACCUCUGGUGAAAAUUCAAGGUUCUUCCUUACUUAAACCAAAUUGUUUUGUGUUUCAGUAGAUUCUAGUGUACGUUUACUCGGUGUAUAAGUGUGUUAUCCUGAUCCCGGGCGCGACAGCGACAGCAGCAGCAUCAGUAGCGGCAGCAGAAGCACCCACCAUUAGCAGUAGCGGCGGACACGUCUCCGUUCGAAGGGAUAUAUUAAAAUUUUUGUUGUCUCCAGACGCUCGGUCGAUUGUUGUGAGCAAGAGUUGUCUCAAUAUUUUAAGCCCAAAGCCAGUAGUUUAGCUAAUUAUAAUCUACACACGUUCGGUUUGGCUACGGCCAGCGUAGCGAUAACGAUACUCGAUAGAGGUGUUCACCCGUGGAUGUUGAACAGUUCCCGUUGAACGAAAUAGAUGAAAUGCAUUUAAAAAUCAAAUUUGUUACCAGUGAUGUAUGGGACAGUGAUCCCGGUGUUGAUCUAGCGGACAUAACGCUCGAGCUGGGCGAGAUCGAUUACGGUAGGCAACUAGAUCCACGCUUCGAGCAGGCGCCGGUCCAUCUUUCCAAACGCUUUCUCAAAAGUUUACCUCCAGUCGAACCACUGUCCAGUGCGCAGCGCACUUCCGCAGCCACUGGUACGACGGGCGAUGAUGGACGUGCACUAUCACCACUAUCGCGCCCCUUCCCAAACCCGAAGGCAAACCAGCAUGUGCACACAUUCCCGCGGAUGACUCCUCGGUUGCAUGCCCUGGAGGACGACGAUGAUUCGAACCGUACGCCAAAGCACAAGUUUUUUCGCAACUACAGCUUCGACUUUCUAAAGCAAAAGCAGCUGAAGACAAAGAUUGCAUCGGCAGUGGAAAAGAAGCACAUUUUUUCGAUCGUUGGCCACUACCCGGCGUUGCGGAAGGCACUCAAGACACGCCACUGGCUGGAGAAGCAAACGUUCCGAAGUGCGCUGCUGCGUGAGCUCUCGCAUCAUGCACUGCUGCAGAAGGCAUCCAACGGAAACGAGUACGAGGAAGCGCUUGUCUCCAAGUACCUGAAGCCUUACCUGCCGUACUUUAUCUGGCAGCACCGGAACAUGCGUGAUUGCAAACAGGAUCGCUUCUACGCGCCUUACCGCAGCCGAAUUCACUACGAGCGACCGUACGACUUUGCUGUGAAGGAGAACUUAAUCCGAUUGAUCAAUGCUUCCCACUGGCACCAGGAGGAAGGUUUCGCCGAGCUGGACUAUCCGCGUACGUAUCUGCUCGAUACGGAGGACAUCAUUACCAAGUUCCAGGAGGAUUACCAGCUAACGAUUGUGAGCAGCUUUCUGCACCACAUGUCCAAACACUUGGAGCACUCGUUCGACGACGACGGCACACUGCCUACGGAUGUACUAACGAUAGCGAUGAACUAUCUGCGGUACUACCUGGGCUGCGCACAGCACGAGGAUAUCGAUCACGAGGAGUUUUGCGAACCGUUGCUGACGCCCGAGAACCGGCACGAGAUGGAACAGAUACUGGCGGGUGAGGCGCAGUUCGGGAGUAUCCCGGGGUACGAGGUGCUGUCGUUGGUGGCGCAAGUGAAAAAGUUGGUGCACGAAGCGGCCAAGAUUUUCCCGGACAUGAAGAUCGAUGGGAUACGGAACAUGUGGAUCCUGAAGCCGGGAAAUCGGUGUCGCGGCCUAGGGAUAAUGAUCUUCAACGACGACCGCAAACUGUUGGAGCACGUAGACAGCAAUCCGGAUGUGAAGUACGUUGCACAGAAGUAUAUCGAACGUCCAUUGUUGAUACAUUGCACCAAGUUCGACAUUCGUCAGUACUUUCUCAUCACCUACACGAACAAUGUGCUCAAGGUGUGGAUGUACAAAAACUGCUAUUUACGGUUCAGCUCGCGCAUGUUCAAUCUGGACGACUUCAGUGAGUCUAUCCAUCUGACGAACUACUCCAUCCAGAAGAACUACGCCAGGGAGGUCCGUGAAGGGGCGGACGCCCUGCCCACCAGUAACAUGUGGUCGCUCAAACGCUUCCAGGAGCAUCUCCAGUCGCUAGACAAGGGUUUCUACUGGGAGCGAAAGAUUUACCCGGACAUGAAGAAGAACAUCCUCGCGAUCGUCUGCGCCAGCCUCGACGGGAUGAAGAUGGAGCGCAACAUGUUUGAGCUGUACGGGGCUGAUUUCAUGGUGACGGAAAACUUUCGCACGAUGCUCAUCGAGAUCAACACCAGCCCGGACCUGUCGUCCUCCACCGACGUAACGUCCGUCAUUUGUCCAGCCGUACAGGAAGAUCUUGUUAAAGUUGUUAUAGACAAUACGAAGGAUAAAAGGGCCGGUACGGGUCAGUUCGAGUUGAUUCAUUCGCUAGAAAUACCGCGCGUUGCACCGUACGGCUACGGAUUAACCGUCGAUGGACGCUCGAUGCAAUCGAAACAUCGCUCCAAAAGCCCUUUAUCGCCCAUCAACACUUCGACAGGGCCAACCGUCUCUUCCACUGCCACAUCUACACCGAAGCGAGUACCGGCGGCACCAGCAGUAGCAGCAACGUCAACAGCCACCAUAUCGACCGGAGUUAAUAGCGGAGGUACGAAAUAUGCUCGCUACACUGCCAGUAGCUCGGAAUCCUCAAGCCGAGGAAGUAAGUCAUCGCUCACGAGCGUAAUUUUGGAUCGGCCUCGUACGACGCUGAAGUAAGCGAGCGAACGAGCGCGCGCGCCCCUGCCUUUUUGUGCUGCCACGAUCGAUGGGUCCCGGGUUGGUCCCAUUCCCGCGUUUUUCUUUUUAGCAAAAUAGUUAAUGAAACCAAAAACCAACGGAAAACUGUAUACUUUCGUAUGACAUAGCUAUAUUUCGAAAUACAUUUUAUGUCGUUAUCAGAAUGUUAA